AUGACGGCGGGAGCAGUUUCUGCUCCACUUAUCAUUCCCAUCAUGCACCUGGAGACGCUCAGAACCAAGAACCACAUCAACACCAACACACCUGUGUCCAUCAAGUCAGACACUCCAGGUGUGUUGAUCUUCUUCUCUCUGGACGGGUCGAUGCCGGCGGCGGCGGCGGCGGCACGAGGACGAUCAGCUGACAGCAGCAGGAAGUACAGUGAGCCCAUCCUGCUUCCUGCUGGUCGAGUGUCCGUCAGAGCUGUGGCUGUUUCCAGUGACGGCAGGCAGAGUUCGACAGUGACAAAGGUUUUCUGCGUUGACAUCGUGGACUCAAACAGGAAACAGACAGAGGAGAACUUCCUGCAGUUUUCCACUGAGGGAAGUUCCUGUUUCCCUCCGAACUCUGCGGGUUCUUCACUGAGUCGUUCAGAACCGAGGACUCUGGGACCUGGUCCUCGGUUCCUGACCGGUCGACUCGGACCUCCACUUCCAGCUCAGACUGGUUCUCCUGAACGUUCUCCAUCAUCGAGCUCAGGUGACAGGAAGCAGCUGAGCAACGCGUCACGAGUUCACAGGGAAACCGACUUCCUGCGGUGUGCUCAGUGCUUGAGUUUCCGUGCCUCCGACCCGUUCGCUCGGUUCUGUCCACAGUGUGGCGCUGUGGUUCCUCCGUUACCUGAACAGAGACUGCCCCCUGCUGAGGGAGGACAGACGGUUCUCUGUGUGUUCUGUGACACUGAGGUUCCUGUCAACACUCGCACCUGUUUGAUUUGUGAAGCUUCAGUUCAACAACAACUACAACCACAGGAUCAUGUGGUGUGUGUUUGCUGUGGAAGUGGGAAUCCAGCUCAUAUCUCCACCUGUCUGACCUGUGAGAGCCGCCUGCAGCUGGAGGUGUGUGUUGGUAACAGCGCCCCCUCUGUCCCUUCUGGAGACAGCAGGAUGUUGACCUGCUCCAGAUGUAAACGUGUGAACCACAGUGAUGCCAGAUACUGCGACUGGUGCGGCUCCAAGUCCGGUCAUGCAGCCAGCUGUGUGAUGUGUCGGCGAUGUGGAGCGAGUUCACACCCGAACGCCUUCUACUGUGCGGCCUGUGGCACACACCUGGAUGCACCGGCCCCGCCCACAACCUGCAGUGACAUCACACGUGCUGCGGCUCCCCGCCAGGCUUCAGCCUCGGCUUCCCAUGAUGCCACCUGGCAGGCCACCCGCUCCUCCCCUAGUGUGAGGAUAGCUCCGCCCUCUGUGGACCAGUCCACUCAGACGGUUGGACUCUAUUACCCAUCAGCCACUGGGCUCCAACGGAAGGACCAGCAGAGGGCGCUGCAGCUCAGCAGGCACCAGUCAAGCAGAGACCGGCAACCCCCUGUGACCGCCAUCAGCCCGGGCAGAGGUUACUGGAGGAGGCAGUUGGAUCAUGUGUGUGCUCACCUGAGGAGUUAUGCUCAGAACAACGCCCCCUUCAGGACGGUGCUGGGAGAGCCUCGUCUGGGUCGGAUGGUUUCUGCUGUGGUUCAACAAGAUGCCUUUGAAGUCAGUUUGACCCUCAGCUUUGUUUCGGCCGCACAGGAAGUGACACAGGUGGAUGCUGACGCUGAACCUCCAGCAGCGAGCUGCGUUGGACCAGCAGGUGGCGCUCUACCCGCAGGUCGCCCUGAGACGCUGAGCAGCGUGACAGAGCGGUUCACCAGCUGCCGCGGCACUAACGGUUCCUACACUUUAGGAAGUGAUCGGACCACAGGUCUGAUGAAACCCCCCAAACCAAACCUGACCCCCAAACCUCCGGUAAGGUCCUCCACCAGCUGUGCAGUGUGUGUUCAGGUGAAGGACGUCCAGCUGCUGAAGGAGCUGGCUCCAGGUCGAGGUCACAUCAGUGUCAUCCAGCAUCUCCUGGAUCAGGGGGCGGAUCCCUCCUGCUGUGGCAGCGACGGCCGACACGCCCUUGCCGUUGCUGCGGUUCAUGGUCACAGUGAUGUUCUUCCUCUGCUGGUGCAGCGAGGAGCUGAUGUGGACCAGCAGUCAGGACAGAUGAAGAACACAGCUCUGCAUGAAGCUGCAGCUCAGGGUCCUGAAGGACUGAAGUGUGCUGAGGUCCUGCUCAGCUGCAGGGCCAGUGUGAGGCGGAGGAACGCCGCCGGUCAAACGGCGUACGACACAGCGGCGAGCGCCGGCUAUAACAACAUGGCGUCUCUGCUGGCGGCUCAGACUGGACUGGAUCUCCUGGACAAACUGAGGAGACAAACUGAACCUGGAGGUUUUCUGAUGAAUUAG